AUGGGCUUGCCAUACAAGUGCAAGUGCAAACCAUGGUCCAUUCGACUCAAACCAGCCACUAAAUUGCCUGUGAGAGCCAACAAGGCCCCCAGCACGACCGCCAGCUUCAUCGCUGCCAUCUCCGCGUUCUUGACGAAAGCCACCCGCACCUCCAUCAUGAGCCUAGUGCGCUCAUACAAAGCGGGUAGCCUCCCUCGACCACCCAAACUGGCCGUCAAGCUGCUGAGCGUGAAAGGUAUCAAGGUCCUGUCGCUCCCCGAUGCCACUGAGCAAAACCUCAUGCUGACCAUGACAGUGAAAAUGUCUCCGCCUUGCGAGCCCAAAUCGGCGCGGUCCCAGCCCGCACGCCUGGCCGGCACCGUGGCCUUUUGGGGCGAGGUCCUGGUUUUUCACGAGGUCAGCAAGACCCACGACCUCGUCAUCACCGUACGCUCCAAGAACGAGGUCGUUGGCCGAGGUACCCUUCAUCUCAAUGCUCUCCUGGAUCACGACCAUCACUCGGAUAAAUCUACCACCGCCGUCCUGCCUCUCAAGCCUUCGGGGGAAGCCCGUUUGGUGGUCACACUCCAAGUCCCGCAGGUCCUGUUUGGGUCACCCCUGGAAACGGUUUGCAAGCGGGAGAACAACAAUAUUCCACAUAUUAUCCGCGAGUGCUGCGAGUUUAUCGACCUGCAUGGCACCGAGUCUGAGGGCAUUUAUCGUGUGCCGGGAUCACAAUCCGUCGUUGACGAUUUGCGGGCCGCUUGUGAACUGGAGCCGGCAACCUUUCGGGUUUGUCUGCUGACGCUCAUCAUCAAAAGCAAAAGAGCAACUUCAUCGCCCUUUUCCUCACCCCGACCCGGCGCGUUGUCCCUCUGCCAGCUUGACAACGGCCAACACAUCAACAACGUGGCAUCUCUUCUCAAAGCUUACUUGCGUGCACUCCCAGAGCCCGUGUUGAGUCACGAGCUGCAGGGACAGCUCAUUGCCAUUGUGGCUGAUUCUGAGCGGCCAGACGAUGAAAAGGUUGGCGAUCUCAUCGAGGCGCUGCAAGAUCUCUCAGAGCCUCGUAAACAGACGGCCCUCUUACUCUUUCGGCACAUGCUCAAGAUUAUGGAGUCGGCCGAGCGCAACAAAAUGACGGCUGAGAAUUUGGCGACCGUGUUCGGGCCGACCAUGGUAUCCGCGCCGGGCCCGCGCCUGUCCUUACGGCGUCCAAAGAGCAACGUGACAUUGGCACAGCUUCAGCGUCCCACGUAA